CUUUAAUCAUACUUACUCAUCUGCAAUAUGGUCGCAAAAAGUAGCAUACAAUAUCACCAACUAUACCAAAGCGUUUCAAUCUGUGCUUGUUAAAGCAGUCGUCUAGAUUUGAAUCCGUUGCAGUUUGAGAUCAAACUGCAGAGGUAUUGGUGCAUGACCAAACUGUUCUGUUGACCGACUCCUCCUGUUCCCAACGUUUAAGCACUAGCCUCGGGGGAAAGAGUGAAAUGGCGGCCACUUUUCCCUCCCAGUUCUAACACGAGACACGGGACCAUCGGAGUUUUCAUCGACCUGUGCUGGCAAUAGACUGUUUACAGAAUGGAUUUCGGCGGCAUCACUCCCGUUGAAGCCAUCGCUGCAGUGCCGGAGAGCAAACCGUUGGAGGACGAAGUUGAAGAGGAAACUAGCGUACCACUGACGGACGAAGAACGCUUGAGAAGAGCCAAGGAAUUUCUUCUGUUACUCGAGGACACAGGAACAGAACUGGAAAUUAUCAAGGAAGAGGACUUCUGGCGGGACAGUGAUCCGACAAUGUCGUCUGAGUCAGGUGUAAUAUCAGACUCCGACGAUGGCACAAGCGUUGGCAAACAAAACACCUUCACAAAACCACUUCCACCAAGACGAAGUGAUGACCAGGUGGACACCGACAGCAGCGACGAAGUCGAACCCCUGAAUAGUGUAGGCAGACCAAGGAAACCAAGCAAAUCUAAGAAGAAGCGACCACCAGCGACCAUAAACAACGAAGAUGCCAAAGGAGAGAGUAGUGAUGAAGUAGAACCUCUUUAUUCCGACGAAGGAGUACCACUGUCACCAAGUCCGAAGCCCAAGAAAGCAAAGAAACCUAAGCCUGACAAGACACAAGAUCCUCAGCCGACGAACAGCAUACCAACGGACCCAACAUCAUUUUACGAAAAGCUAAGCGCUUUGCCACAGGAUGAACCACCAGGCACUGCAGAGGGAACGAGUAGUCCUGAAGACAAUAGAUCACAGGCGGAAAGUGGCAUCGGACAUGAACCUGGCUUUAAUGGAGAAAGACCGCUGAGUCCUUUACCUGAUGAUGAAGAAGUUGAACCUGAAGACGAUUACGUGCCUCCUAAAACAGACCCAGCACCGAUACCACCACCGAGGUCUCAGAAACCUGGCAAAAAGGAAUCAUCCAAGCCAGUGCAAAAGGAUGAUGCAGCACCCUCAAAUACAGCGCCAAGCCAACCCUCCAAUGGAUCGAAGAGAAGAAAGCAACCAAGUUCCAGCACGAAGAGCACCACUGCACCCAAAGGUGACCCAACAACUGCACCAGAGGAUGAUGGCUUCUUUGGUAACUUGUUGAAGAACAAAAAAGGCCAAGAUAAAAAGAAGCCAGGAACUGGUGCCAACGAUCCGAAAACUGCACCUAAAGAUGAAGAGGACAAUGCCGAGAAACCGGGCCUGCUUGACAGCUUGUUGAACAAACUAAAACCCAAGACAACCGAUCCGGAAGAAAACGCUGGGAAAGACGACGUUAAUGAAAAGCUGCCGACCAAAGAAGAUUCCUCAACAAAUCAAAAGAAACCAGGAACAACUGCCACAGAUCUUAAAACUCCUAAUGCCUCUGCACCUAAAACUGAAGAAAACAAUGGUGACAAACCAGGACUGUUUGACAACUUGUUAAACAAACUAAAACCCAAAGCAACAGACCCAGAAGAGAGUCCAAGCAAAGACGAAAGCAGCGAAAAACAGCCCGUCGAAAAAGAUCAAUCAACAAAACAAAAUAGUGCACCUAAAAAUGAUGGGGAUGACAAGAAUGAAAAACCAGGUCUGCUCGACAACUUACUAAACAAACUAAAACAGAAAGAUACAGAUGAAAACCCAAGCACAGAAGACAGCGGUGGAAAACAGCCUGCCGAAAAUUAUUCAUCAACAAAACAAGAUAACGCACCCAAAACUGAUGUAGACAAGGAUGAAAAACCAGGUCUGCUGGACAACUUGUUAAGCAAACUAAAACCAAAAGAUACAGACGAAAACCCAAGCAAAGAAGACAGUAAGUCAACAGAAAACGAAGGCCGUGACCAGAAAUCAUCUUCAGAUACACAACCUGACAAGACAGAAGACAACCCGCCAAGCACAGAAGAGAAACCAUCUGAAGGCGUCCUCGGCCGCAUGUUAAAGAAACUGAUACCGGACAAAGACAACAAGACACAGUCAUCACCUGAAGAUCAGCCUAGUGACCAAUCGCCAAACCUGUCAGAGGGACAGACGCCAAAGACGCCGCUACCAGCAAGAGUGCCAGGUGACAAAGACGAGCCAGCACCGACACCACCACCAAGAACUAAGAGUACACGUAAACGGCCUACAACCCUCCCAAUCGACAAGCCAACAGAGAAGGACAAGAAACAAAAGGAUGGCGAAGAGAAAAACGCAAGCAAGAAACCCGAAGACAAAGCAAAAAGCAACAACAAAGAGAAUGGAGGAUCAAAGCCAAAGGUUAACAGUGCACCUCUCAAGAACCCAAUGCUCGUGUUUGGAAUAGUUCCAAUGGAGUUUGAGGAUGUGGCGUUGACCCCUCCAUGUCCUAGGAAGAAAAAGAAGCCAAACGAUGAUAAGAACGGUGGUAACGUGUCGAACCCACAAGAAGAAUCAGAUACUUUAGGUUCAAUUCUUGACUACGUUUUUGGUCGUCCGAAAGAUAGGAAAACACCAGUAGCUAAACCUAAGUAUGCGCCAAAACCCGCCGAUGGAACCAAGCCUAAGGACAAAAGCCCGAAGACUGCUCCGAGCGAAACUAUUCCAACUAAAAAGGAGGAACCGUCGCCAGCAGUCAAGUCGUUACAGGGACUUUUGGAUAAAACUGAGCCUCCCAAAGAUGAGCCAGCAGAAUCUAAGCCUGCCGAGAAGACAGAUAAGCCAAAAGAAGAGACUCCGAAGGCGACAGAGCAGCCAAAAGAAGAGCCUGCUCCAGUUGAGCCUUCCAAGGUGACCGAAAAGCCGAAAGAUGAGCCUGUACCAGCCGAGCCUGCCAAGGUGACCGAGCAGCCCAAAACUGAGCCUGCACCAGCUAAGCCUGCCAAGGAGUCAGAGCCAGAGCAGCCCAAGGAUACAGCAAAGCCGAAAAAAGAACCUACCAAGGAAAUACCUCCGGAACAAAAACCGUCAGAAGUGCCUCCUACAGUGGAAAAGCCUUCCGAAGAUAAGGCAGCUCCGCCUUCUCCAAAACCGAAAUCAACUAAAGAGAAGAAAGCCCCAAAGACACCAUCACCGAAGACAAGAAAAUCGUCCAAGACUAAAGAGCCUACAGACGAACCUACAAAGAAGAAGACCAAGGACAAGAAGCCAGUAAAAGAUAAGGCAUCAAAAUCACGAAAGAAGUCUGAUGAUAAGCCUGUGAAAGCUGAGCCACCGCAACCUCAAGAGCCACCAGUUUUUCUUGAGAAUGUCCAACCUGUACAGGCUGAACCUGUACAGGCUAAGCCACCAGCACCGCAGAUUCCAGAAAAGAUAGAGGAUGAACCUGUGUUUGCUGCGCCUCCAUCAGCAAAGGAGAAUCGUCCCACCAGUCCGCGGUCAAGGAAACCAAGCAAACUUCUUUCCAAACUCAAGAAGCUCAAAGACGGACUAACGCAUGACAUCUCAUCGGACAACGAAGUCGAGUCUCCUGAAACAAAGAGGAAGGCACCGCAGAAGGUACCAGAUCCAACUCAAGAAAAGGAGGAGCCAGAAACGGUAGAGCCACCACCAAGGAGAAAGAGAGAGGACAGAUCCAUGUCACCACCACCUCAGAGGAAAGAGGAGAAGGCACCAGAAACUCCCAAAGAAGAACCCGAGGAGGUACCGAUGAAGAUGCCAACACCACCGCCCCGGCACAAAAAAGAUGCGCCCAUACCGAAAGAAGACGAGGAGCCUGUCAAAGCGGAAUCAACGCCACCACCGAAGGAGGAGAAGAAAGAACCAGAAACAGUACAGGAGCAGGAGCCAGAGAAGGCUGCUCCACCACCGCCACAGGAGAAAGAGGAGCCUCCUAAACCAGAGGAGAAGGAGGAAGUGAAACCGGUUGCGGUUACACCAGUUGCACCACAGCCUGAAGAAAAGAUAGUUGUUCAGGAGCCUGUACAAGCUGCACCACCACAGCCACAAGAGGAAGCGGAGCCCCCAAAACCGGACGAGAAGGAGGACGUGACUCCGGUGACGGUUGAACCAGCUACACCGCAGCCAGAGGAGGUGAAGAAAGAGCCGGAACAAAUCGAACCUGAACCUGAAACACCAACGCCAUCACAGCUGCAAGAAGAACUAGAACCGGACAAGGAAGAGGAGAUUAAGCCUCAGACGAUUGAAGAACCUGUUCCACGAAAGGAAGAGACUACAGAGGAAGAGAAAGAACCUGACACCACAGAAGACAAACCGGUGGAGGCCGAGCCUGAAAAACCUAAAGAAGAGGAAGAUGCUGAGGAAAAACCUACAGAAGAGGAGGCGAAAGAUGAACCAAAGCUCGAAGAACAACAGAUAUCAGAGCCGACAGAAAGUGUACCAACAGAACUGGCACCACCACUACCCCCAAGGCGGACCAAAAGCAAAAAGGAAACUGCCCCGACAGAUGAGGUUGAACCGAUCAUAGCCGACGAACAGGCUGCACCACCUCCUCUACCCGUGAAGAAGAGCCAGCUGUCAUCUCCGGUGGAUGAGCACAAAUAUCCAGAGAUUAAUUUCUCAGAUGAGUCACCACUGCAGACAGACGUAGAUGAUAUUUUCGUCAUCCCUGAUGAAGAUCCUGAAAGUUUCAAGAGUAGACCGCCACUUCAGACAAAUUUGGACGACAUCUUCAGCAGCCCGGAUGAUGUCUUGAAUGCUCCAUGCAAGGGGAGCGACGAUGAUGCUCCGAAAGAGGACGAGGAAGGAAUCGUUCCGGACGAACUUGCACCCGUCAAACCAAAAAAGAGAUCAGAUUCAUUCAAAGCAGGUCGGGAUCGUCUGAAGGCAUUGGGCAAAUCCCUAAAGGAUAAGGCUACGAGACGUAAAGCACCUAAAUCUACAGAUGAGGAUAAACCAGAAAUCACAGAUGAGCCAGAAAUUAUUGACGAAGACGUUGACACACCGACUUCGCCUCAACAGCCUGAUGCUCCUCAUCCUAAAAAUCCACUCAAGUCCCUUCUUUCUAAAGCAACGUUGCCAACGAGAAGUAAAUCGCCUAAAUCACCAGAUGAGGAUAAACCUGAAAUGACAGAUGACCCAGAAAAUAUUGAGACAGAAGACACGCCAUCUUCGCCUCAACAGCCUGAUGCUCCUCAUCCUAAAAAUCCACUCAAGUCCCUUCUUUCUAAAGCAACGUUGCCAACGAGAAGUAAAUCGCCUAAAUCACCAGAUGAGGAUAAACCUGAAAUAACAGAUGACCCAGAAAAUAUUGAGACAGAAGACACGCCAUCUUCGCCGAAAGAUCCUGAUGCUCCCCAUCCUAAAAAUCCACUUAAGUCCCUCCUUUCUAAGGCAAAGAAGGCAAAAUCACCUAAAACACCAACUGAUGAUAAACCAGAAAUUACAGAUGACCCGGAAAAUAUUGACAAAGAUUAUGAGACACCGACUUCGCCCCAGGAGCUUGAUGCUCCCCAUCCUAAAAAUCCACUCAAGUCCCUUCUGUCUAAGGCAAAGAAGGUAAAAUCCCCUAAAGUACCAGAUGAGGAUAAACCAGAUGAGCCAGAAGAUAUUGACAGAGAUGUAGACACACCAUCUUCGCCUCAAGAGCCUGAUGCCCCUCAUUCUAAGAAGCAAAGCAAGCCACUUCUUUCUAAACUUCGAGGUCUGAAAGAUGGGCUGUUAUCUGACAGCGAAAAGGAACUCACGCCUCACGUACAGAAGAAACCAAGUGACGAGGCACCAGAAGAACCUGUCAUCCCAAAGGCAGCCGAUCCGGAGGACAUGGCGACACCGGGGCCGAGUCAAGACAAUGAAGAAAACAUCGACAGUCCAAAUGAGGCACCGACUAAACCCGAAAAGAAGAAGAUUAACUUCCCACGGAACUUGUCUAAACUCCGAAAUUCGUUUAAGAAACGAAUGAAGUCUAAGAGUGACGAUGGCCCAAAGUCAGAUCAAGAAGGAGAACCAACGCCCGCCCAAGAAGACGAAAAUAAGGAUGAGGCUCCCAAAAGUGAAGAAGCAGUACCAGACUCACCCUCAUUCUUAACAUCUCCCACUUCUCCCGAUGAGAGUUUUUCGACCGUAAUUGAGAACUUUGCUGCAAAGGAAGAUCCAGAGCAGGAACCAUCAGAUGCAGAAGAACCAACUAAAGAUCCUGACGAAGCAUGGUCUCCGUGGUUCAAGGAUACCGAAAAGGCACCACAGGAAGACCCAAGUGAAGUAUUCAGCUCACCGAUUCUGGAGAAGAAGCCUGAAGAUGAUGCACCGUCUCCGCUGGUGGAUGAUCCAGAUGUUCGCCCAAAGCUGCCGCCAAAAUUAAAAGAUUUAGAGAAACCUUCCGAUGAAAAAGACAAGGAGGAAGAGCCGAUAUGGGAGAAGAUAAAGCCCUUGGAGGAGACCUGUGUGAAGUGCAACAAAGUUCUCAAGGAUUCUGAUGUCGUCGUGAACUUCAACGGUCUCAUCCUUCACCAGACAUGCAUGUCGAAAAAAGAAGACAAGAAGGAAGAACCCCUGCAGGCUCCAAAGGAUGCUACGUCACCGAAACCUGAUGUUGAAGACAAACCAGAUGAAACACCUAAAAAGCCUCCGACAGAUGACGAUGAUAAGAUCUUUAACACUUGCUGGGUCUGCGGAGAGGAGAUCACCGGAAUGAUGAUUGUUGCAAUGGGGCGAUACUGGCAUGCACAGCACUUCCGGUGUGCGAGGUGCGGCAUACCAUUCAAAACGGUUGGACUUCCACACUACGAGCAUGGCGGGAAAGCCUAUUGCGAACCACACUUCCACGAGCUAUUCAGUGACUUCUGCUAUGCCUGUGACCAGCCAAUAACGGACGAAGUUAUCUGUGCGAUGAACAAGACAUGGUGCAGAAAGCAUUUCUCCUGUGCCAUGUGCAACCAAAACAUCAAACUGGAUGAAAAGUUCUACGCCUGUGAUAGUCGUCCUGUCUGCAAACGGUGUAAAGACAAGGUGCCCGCAUCUCUGCUCCAAACAAGGAAGAAGAAGACGCUCAUUGAUACCAUCAAGGACAUGGUCCGAAGUCCAAGGUCACCAAGUGCCCCAUCUUUACCUACUUCACCAAAUGGUCCACCGGAAAAUCCAAACGAGUACUUCGUGUAAAACACAUGUC